CCCAAUCGGUUUUUUGAAAUACGAUUUGGUUCCUCUCUUUUGUCGAACUUGCAGGUGUUAUAGAACUGGCUGACAAUCAGGAAAUACUGGAACAGUCAAAGAACGAAGGGUUGGUGAUAGCCCUUUAUGAGGCCAUAAGAUCCCGAGACGUGCGAACGGUGCACCAGAUCUUAGCCCCCGAUUUGGAGUGGUGGUUUCACGGCCCCCCUACAUACCAGUUCUUGAUGCGCCUUCUCACUGGCUCCGGUACCACGUCGGAUAAGCAAGAGGAAUCAUCCUUCGAGUUCGUCCCACUCUCGAUUACCUCCUUCGGCUCCACUGUCCUCGCCGAGGGCUGCGACCGCGACGGCAAGAUCUCUUGGAUCCACGCCUGGACCGUCGCUGAUGGGAUAAUUACCCAAGUCAGGGAGUACUUCAACACUUCUCUUACCGUUACUCGUUUUGGGAACUCUGAUCCACGACCUUCGGUGGCGGAGAUUGUUCCUUCGCAUUGCCCCUCCGUCUGGGAGAGCACCCUGUCCAGUCGGGUCGGGAAGUCCGUGCCGGGUCUUGUCCUGGCCAUUUAGGAUAUCUCUGAUCCAGUACUGCUGCUGCCGCGAUACCAGCUACUAAAUAAAGCGGCAGCUGACGUGUCGGGUCUUGGUUGGUUGCGAUGUGAACCCUAGGGCCUUGUUUGUGUUGGCUUUUAAAGUUUGUUUCGUUUUGUCUCGUUUGGUUUUUUACUUUUUUCUUUGUGUUUGAAAGUCUGUGUGUGGGCUGGGCCAAGAUGGGGAUGCUCUAUUGGCCGAGGCCUCUUGUGAUUAUCAUGUGGUACUCUUAUUAUGCAAUAAAAAUGGAUGUGCGUGAUUUUAUGAUGAAUU